UCCGAUUUAAGUAUCGGCCACUAUGGCGGAUUAGGUGAAUUCUAAUUUUAGCAGUUUGAGUAAUCUUGUGUGCUAGCAAGCUAACUUCUUCAACGGAGAUCAGCGAAAAAAACUCAAGCAACAUGGAGAGAGAAGGCCCUGCUAAAGUAAAGGCACACCACGACGAUGCUUUCCGUUAUAUCAACGAGGGACUAAAAUUUGACGAACAAGGAAACAAACAGAAGGCUCUUCAGUUUUAUCAUAAAGGUCUGCGUAGUCUUGUUGUGGGUUUGAGUGUAUAUUGCAGUGAUUCUGGACCAGGAUUGGAACAGACCAAACAACUACAGAAGAAGAUGAAAUCGGCCAAAGAGCAAGUAAAAGAGAGAAUACAAGCUUUAUCUGCUAGCUUGAAUCCCAAUCCAUCUGCCCCAAGUGAGGACAUGGCUGACGGUCAGAGUCAGAAUGGGCACCUUGCCACUGAUGAGGAACUGGAGGCCUGUUAUUUAGCAGAUCAAGAGGGAACGUCAUGGGAAGAUGUCAAGGAACUUUUGGUUUUGGAACACAGUGUAAAGAUGUUCUUUGUUAGUGGUCAAGGAAGUGUCACAACGUUGUCUCAACCACAAACUUUAUAUGCUUAUCAGUUUGUCAAUUAUAAGCCAGAUUCUCAUGAAGCACCAGCUUUCCUUCAGUGUGGAGCAUGGAUGUUCCCGAUGGUCCCAGGCAGAUCUCCUGUCCUCAACACGGAGCCUCACACAUACAUGUUCCCUGACAUCACUAUCGACCCAUCUUCCCCUCCACCUUCAAAGCCUCGCCCACAGAGAGGAUUUGCUUCAGUGGGGUUGAUUUUAAACCCCAACAUUUCCUCUAUGGAACUGAAAAGGUUUGAAAGGAUUUUAAAGUGUUACACAGAUUUCCAUCAUUAUACUCCACCCAAGUAUUCCGAGGAAGAGGUGCGAGAUGUAGACCAAAGAAGAGAUGAAGACACGACGCCAAGUGUUCCUGCAGUAGAAUCUACAGAUGAGCAUGGUUCUUCUGUAGCCGUGGCUGUAAGACCAAGUACUGAUGUUGUACCAGCUGAUUCUUCUCAGGGAACAUCAUGGGGAAGGAAAGUUUCUAAGGGUAUUACGAUUGGAUCAGAACUCAUUGCUUGGGGACUGACCAAAGGAGCAGAAGUAGGGAGUCAUCUUAUGCAAAAGGGCUCGGCUAAACUCAGAGAAAAUCUCAAACCCAAUGAAAAGCCGGUGGAAGUUGAAGAGAAGGUACAGGAUAAUAUUCGUCAAGUGAAGACUGUUGCAGGCAUGGCGUGUCAAGUAAGCGGUGCUGUAGUCGCUGCAGUAUCAGCCAUGACAGUUGAACUGGGGAGACGACUCGCCCCUGUUAUUGUGGAGAAAGGCGGAAAGGCUUUGCCAGAUUCUUUGAAGAAAAGAGACGACGUUGACGGUUCAUCCACCGUGGACGAGUUCGUGAAAGUGGCAGUCAGCGGAGCAAGAGGAGCGGCCACCAUUUACCAAGGCCUUGAGAAUUCAUGGAAAGUAUUAUACAAGAGUCUUCAACAUGCUACUGUGCAGACGGUAGAUCACAAGUACGGUCCAGCAGUUGCUGAAGCUACAAACAAUUCUAUGGGAGCUGCGGGGUUAGUUUUACAGACGUGCUGGAACGUAGAAAAUCUAGGAAUCAAAGCUCUUGCCAAACGAACUGCGAAAGACACAGGAAAAGAAGUGGUUAAAGAGGCGGAGAAGAAGUACAUUACCGAUGGGAAACAAUAAAACUGCUGUAUAAAAAGUGACAUCUACGGGGCAUGUCAACAACAGCACUUUUUCAAAGACGAAAAUUGUAUACAAAACGUAUUCUAAGUUAGUGGAAUGAGUAAUAAAUUAGCUUUAGUUUUUUCCAGGAUUUAUAAGCUUCCACAGGGUGAUGCUAAAAUAGAAAUAAAAGAAUAUAAAAUUUUAUGGAGGCUACGUAUGAGGUUGGGUGAGAAUUUGUAUGAGUACUGAGAAAAAUUCCUAUGAAUAAAUAGUCCACGUUUUGUAAUCUUUGUAUAAUUUGAAUAAAGUUAAAUUUUCUUGCAUCA